AUGCUGACCAAAAUAUCUCCCGCGACUUCUGCAGCACUCCAGUCAUCCCCCUCCCUCUCUUCCCCAGCCAAUGUAAUCCGCACGCUCCAAACCUCCUCCGCCUCGUCAGCACCCUCAGCCACGUCCCCCGCAGCGAGCCCAGCCGCCACCCCAGCAGCAGCAUCCAGCACCCCUAUCUCAUCCCCUUCCGCCACGUCAGCACCCGCCACGUCAGCAUCCGAGCACGCGCUAGUGGCAGGGGGGGCGGCAGCGGAGAGGGCGGUGGGGGGGUGGCUGAUGGGGUGCGCGGCAUGGGUGUGGGCGCUGGUGGUGUUGGGGGGUGUGACUCGCCUCACGCGCUCAGGGCUCUCCAUGACUGACUGGAAGUUCAGUGGUGAGCAGGCGCCCCGGAGCGAGGAGGAAUGGAGAGUGGAAUUUGACAAGUAUCGCCAGUCGCCCGAGUUCAAACGGGUCAACAGCAGCAUGACUAUCGAUGAAUUUAAGUUCAUUUACUGGAUGGAGUACAGUCACCGCAUGUGGGGCCGGGCGCUCGGGCUGCUAUUCCUCCUCCCCGCCGCUUACUUUGCCGCACGUGGCCGCAUCAAGUCGAAGCUCGCCGCCCGCUGCGCCGUGCUGUUUGGCCUGGGCGGGGCGCAGGGGCUGAUCGGCUGGUGGAUGGUGAAAUCAGGGCUCGAGGAACCCGCCAAUCCGCACGCCGUGCCACGAGUCAGCCCUUACCGCCUGGCCGCUCACCUGACAUCCGCAUUUGUCAUCUUCUCAGGCAUAUUCUGGACGGCGUUGAACGUCCUCUUCCCCACGCCGCCUGCAUCAACGCCCGCUCAGCUGCUAGCAGCAGCAAAGCUGCGCCCGCUGGUGCACCCAGUGGCGAUGCUUCUCGGAGUCACUGCCUUCUCCGGUGCCUUUGUUGCUGGCAACGAUGCUGGCCGUGCGUUCAACACGUUUCCCCACAUGGGCGACCACUGGGUGCCCCCGGAGAUUCUGGAGAUGACUCCGCUGCACCGCAACUUGUUUGAAAACACUGCCACCGUGCAGUUCCAGCACAGGGUACUCGCUAUAAGCACACUCGCUGCAGUGACAGGCAUGUGGUACUCGGCACGCAAGCUGCCUCUCCACCCACGCUCCGCGCUCCUGCUCAACACUGCUCUCGGCAUCACGGCGCUGCAGGUCACGCUGGGCAUAUCAGCGCUGCUCACAUACGUGCCAGUCUCCCUGGGCUCAGCGCAUCAAGCAGGCGCGCUCACUCUCUUUGCCGCCAUGCUUGCCCUCAUGCACUCGCUGCGACGCCCUAAUGCUGCCGCCUCCGCUACAGCUAGCAUCGAAGAAUCCAAUGCUGACGUGGCCAUUUUCAUGCGCAAGAUGAUUCGGGACGAGCUGAGGGCGGGGCGACAGGAGGGGGAGAUACUGGAGUCACUCAAAAGCGAGUAUGGGGACUCGGUGGUCUACUCCCCGCCCUUCCACGGCGCCUCUGCUGCUCUCUGGCUCACUCCGUCAUUCCGCCGCUGUCCCUCGUCCCUCUCCUCCGCUCCACCCGGCCCCUCUUGUUGCUGCCUCCACCAGGUGUUUGUGCUCACAGCAGCAGCCGCAUCCGCUGUGCGGCAACAGUCAUGUGAUGCCAUUGCCUGCACUGUCAUCUGUGCUACACCCAUUGCCGCCUUCUUAGCACCAACUGGCGUCUAA